AUGCAGUUUAUUUCACAUUCAUUAUGGAGCGGACGUGUCUUAAGUGUGAGCGUCGCGACGAAUGCGUGUGUGGGCCGCGACACCCUUAGCGGGUGUGCGAGUGGUUUGAGCGGGGUGUAUCGAUCUGGGGCGGGCGCGUGCGCUGCGGUGUCUGCUGCGGGCGGCAUCCCUUGUGACUUCUCUCAGUUCCACCCGCGAGCCGCGCAGUCCGCAGCUGGCCGCGAGGCGAGCGACUGCCUCCUACACCUCGCCAACAUUCGUCACUUCAAGCGCGCGAUAACAUUACGACAACCUUAA